AUGCGGCCGCUCAAAACGUCCCCAAAUGUGAGCUCCCAACCCUCCACCGCCCUCCUCCACCCCCCACCACGCCCACAGAGAGGAGGAGCGGGACGCAGAUGGGGGGGGGGGGAGAAUGAGCAGUUAUUUGUGCCCCCCGCCGGGCUCUCCAGCAGGCCCCUGAUGUGUAAUCCAACGCCAGACUUCUGCUGGACUCAGGACAUCACACCUAUAAUAGAAGGCUCUCCCACAGGUCGCCCCCUGCUGGAGGUGAGACAGGACACACACACAGCAGGUCUGCAUUAG